UCCUCAUUCAAGCAGCCACCAAGGUCAGCGGCUAAAAAAACUCGGCCAAAGAAGAAAAUGGACCUGGUCCACCAGCAGGCCCCAAAGAUGCAGAACAUUGCUGGCCAGUCUUGUUCUGGCUUUAAGGAUGAGCUAGAGAUUCGCCUGCUUCAAGCUGAGUGUGAGGAGCUCAGGAAUAAGCUUGGGUGCUUGAGGGAGGGACUGACGGGUCAAAAGCCGAGUGACGUGGAGGAGCUGAUGAAGAAGUCUCAGAUGGAACUCCUGUGGCUCCAGAGGCAGCUGUCUUUUCUCUCCACCGGGGCACCUGCAUGCAUUUUGCCAUCAAGCAAGUUUGGAAAUGAGCUACCGUACUUACAACCUGCAGUGCCACAGAAAACAUUUGGUGGGAUCCAUAUUUUAGAAGAGAAGAACCAGGCUUUUCGGUCUAAUGUCACCACAUUAACCCAAGAGAAUCAUCAGUGCAGCUUCUUAAAAAAUGAACUGAACAAUGUCGUGCAUGAAAAGAACUGCUUGAGGCUCCAGUAUGCGAGCAUAUCUCACAAGGCGCUUCAGUAUGACCAGGUGAAAACAGACUAUGAUCAGCUUAGAGGAACCCUCGCCGCAGUGACCAAAGAACGCGAUUUGGCUGUGAAGGAGAAGCACCAGCUCCGAGCCAAACUGGAGAACCUAGAGCAGGUCCUAAAGCAUAUGCGAGAGGCUGCUGAACGGCGGCAACAGCUGGAAUUGGAGCAUGAGCAAGCCUUGGCCGUUCUCAACGCAAAACAGCAGGAAAUUGAACUCCUGCAGAAGGCUCAGGUUGAAGCUAAGAAAGAACAUGAAGGUGCAGUUCAGCUGCUAGAGGCGAAGGUCCGUGAGCUAGAGGAGAAAUGUCGGACACAAGGCGAGCAAUUUAACCUCCUCUCCAAGGAACUGGAAAGGUUUCGGCAGCAAGCUGGGAAGAUUGAUCUCCUGACGAGUAACUCGUUGGCAUCCACGGAUAUCCCUGGCUCACCUAGCAAAUCCCUGUCCCAGUUCAUGAACGGAAUUGCCACAUCCUUAGGGAAAGGUCAUGAAAGCUCCUCAGGAGGCCACUGUGUGAUCUCAGAGUUCAUACGACCCCUACAACUAUCCGGUGACAAACCAGAGCAAUUGUCCAUCAAGCCAACUUUCCUGUCCCGGUCACGAUCUGGCAGCCCAAGAUGCAGGUUUGAAUCAGACAUGGAUAAUGAACGAAAUUCUAAUACCUCAAAGCAGAGAUACUCUGGAAAAGUCCAUCUUUGCAUCGCUCGAUAUAGUUACAACCCAUUUGAUGGACCAAAUGAAAACCCCGAAGCAGAGCUGCCCCUCACAGCAGGAAAAUACCUCUAUGUUUACGGAGACAUGGAUGAAGAUGGCUUCUAUGAAGGUGAACUCCUAGAUGGACAGAGAGGUCUUGUCCCUUCCAAUUUUGUGGAUUUUGUGCAGGACAAUGAAUCCCGUUUGCUGAGUGGGGUGGGCAGCGAGCAGGACCAGAAUUACAUCAACCACACUGGUCACAUGUUGGAAGGAGAUGGCCUUUUGGAGAUAAACCCUCCCAGCCACUUGGAGCCUGGCGUUGUCAAUAACAGUGCAGGGACCCUGGAUGUGAACAUUGAUGAAAUCGGAGAAGACAUUGUGCCUUAUCCUAGAAAAAUUACCCUUAUCAAACAACUAGCCAAAAGUGUUAUUGUGGGCUGGGAGCCUCCGGUCGUGCCACCUGGAUGGGGAACCAUUCAUAGCUACAACGUCUUGGUAGACAAAGAAAUACGGAUGAGUGUGUCCUUGGGGAGCAGAACUAAAGCCCUCAUAGAAAAACUUAACAUUGCUACCUGCACGUAUCGAAUAUCUAUUCAAAGCAUAACCAGUAGGGGCAAUUCUGACGAGCUCCAGUGCACUUUGUUAGUUGGGAAGGAUGUCAUUGUGGCUCCUUCGCACCUUAAGGUGGACAACGUCACCCAGAUUUCCGCCGAGCUCACCUGGCUCCCGACCAACAGCAACUACAGUCACGUGAUCUUCCUCAACGAAGAGGAAUUCGAUAUUGUCAAGGCUGCCAGAUACAAGUAUCAGUUUUUUAACCUGAAGCCCAACAUGGCCUACAAGGUGAAGGUAUUGGCCAAGCCUCACCAAAUGCCCUGGCAGCUCCCACUGGAGCAACGGGAAAAAAAGGAAGCCUUUGUAGAAUUUUCAACAUUGCCAGCAGGUCCACCAGCUCCCCCUCAAGACAUCAGAAUUCAGGCUGGACCGACACCAGGAACGAUACUGGUUUCAUGGAAGCCACCAGUUCUCACAGCAACAGGGACCUCCAAUGGAGCCAACAUAACCGGUUAUGGAGUUUAUGCAAAAGGCCAAAGGGUGGCAGAAGUUAUGUUUCCUAUGGCUGAGAACACCGUCGUGGAGCUCAUGAGAAUCCGGAGCCUGGAAGCCAGGGAAGUUCUCGUCCGGACACUUUCUGUCCAAGGGGAAUCGGUGGACUCGCUGGGCGCUGCCAUUCCACCUGACCUACUGGUGCCUCCAACCCCUCACCCUCGGCCAGCUCCCAAAUCUAAGCCAUUACCAAGUGCCGGCAUCCCAGAUACCAAAGACGAACAUUUGUGUCCGCAUGUAAAAAGGGAUGAGUCGUGGGAGCAGGGCCGCGUGGCGUCUCCCAUCCACGGCCACACCCUGGAGCCUCCCAACUUCCACAGCCCACUCCAGGGGAGGAGGUCUCCUUCCCCAAACCGGAUACUCCCUCAGCCACAAGGUGCGCCCAUCCCCAACACUGUCGCAAAGGCAAUGGCCAGGGAGGCUGCUCAGCGCGUCGCAGCCGAGAGCAGCAGGCUGGAGAGAAGGAGCGUGUUCAGCGAAAGGAGCGACGCUGCGCAUUACGCAAACUCUGAUGAAGAAGAAGAUGGCUAUGACUCGCCGCGUGUCAAGAGGAAAGGGGCUUCCGUUGAUGAUUUCUUAAAAGGCUCCGAGCUGGGGAAGCAGCCCCACUAUUGCCAUGGGGAGGAGUACCAUACUGAGAGCAGCCGGGGCUCCGACCUGUCCGUCAUGGAAGAAGACGAGGAAGAGCUGUACUCAGAGAUGCAGAUGGAGGAUGGAGGGAUGAGGCGAGUCAGUAUAACAUCGCAUACCACUCUCAAGGAAUGUUACACGAAUAAGAAAAUUGAAGCAACUUUUUUGGAGCAGCCUGAUUUUGCCCCAGCAGAUCACCACAGUAAAAAGCUGUUCAGUAUCCCCGAAGUAGCUGAAGAGGACGGCGAUCACUCAGAACUUUUGCACAAGCAGGGUUUAGGGAUGGCCCAAAUGAGGAGUGCAGUAGCUAGAGAGAGUAGAUCUGCCAGAUCUUACCACCAAGACCCGCAGCACAACUUCUGGCACCCGGCGAAGCAGAGAAUCUUGGAGGAUGCAGGCGAGAGAGGCUACACCUACAGCAGGUCUUCCACAAGGAGCCCAGACAGCGGCCUGGACUGCGGCAGCGAGGAAGAGGAAUCGCGCUUCAGCUUCCGCAACGCCUACGAUGCGGCUUCCGCAAACGUCAGCGCCCAGCUGCUGCGCUGCCGGCGGGAGCUGCUCCUGCCGAAGACGCCGCCCCGGCCACUGCUUGCCCGCCGGAGGACGCUGACGAGGCAGAGCAGCAUUGAAGAAGACUUUGGCGACCCCUUCCCUUCCUUUCUAGAGCCCCAAGGCGAGGAGAGCAAGCCAUCUUAUUAUGAGAGGAAGUGCGAGCCUCACUGGUGUAAUAGAGCAGAUAAUUUGAUGCGCGAAGAUUAUCAGGGAGGCUGGAGUGGCCACUUGGCAGGGAAUGGCGUUAGGGAACCUUCCGUCCCACUUGCAAGGCCAUCCUACCGAGAGCCCAAAGACCCUCUGCUUUUGAGUAACCCAUCAUCCUCCGGACGACCAGACAGGAUGGAGCACCGGAGUCAAAGAACAUCUCACAGAAGCUCGGGAGGACCACAGCGGUCGCGGCCCAUGCUGGUCCCUUCCAUGGUUAAUGGGUACUGUAGCCGAGAGCGUCUGUCCCCAGAGAUUUACGAAGAAUCCGAAACUGAUCCAGCUGCAGAGGAGGUUUCCACGCGGAUCUUCGUUGCCCUUUUCGACUACGACCCACUGACCAUGUCUCCCAAUCCUGAUGCGGCCGAAGAGGAGCUCCCAUUUAAAGAAGGGCAGAUUAUCAAGGUGUACGGGGAUAAAGACGUUGAUGGAUUUUACCGGGGGGAAACCUGCGCGAGGCUGGGCCUUAUUCCUUGCAAUAUGGUCUCUGAAAUCCAAGCCGACGACGAAGCUAUGAUGGAGCAGCUUCUGAAGCAAGGGUUCCUCCCUCUGAACACCCCUGUGGAGAAAAUAGAAAGGAACAGGAGGAGCGGCCGUCAGCCUGCAGCAUCAACCAGGAGAAUGGUGGCACUAUAUGACUACGAUCCAAGGGAGAGCUCUAAUGUUGACGUGGAGGCCGAGCUAACAUUUUGUACAGGAGACAUUAUAACAGUCAUUGGAGAAAUUGAUGAAGAUGGCUUUUAUUACGGUGAACUUAAUGGCCAGAAGGGUUUGGUUCCUUCAAACUUUCUUGAAGAAGUGCCUGAUGAUGUAGACGUCUUCUUGUCUGAUGCCCCAGCACGAUAUGCUCAAGAUACGCCAAUUCGUACAAAAGCAAAAAGGGUUCCUCCUGAGAAUACAGGUACAUCACCAAGGAGAGCACCAUCCCCCACAGUCCAUCUCCAUACGGGGUCACCUACGUCAUCUGUGGGUUCUGGUAGUCCCGGGCGAGGCAGGGAACUGUCCUCGAAAAAGAAAAAGGGGCUGAUUUCCAAAGGGAAGAAACUUCUGAAAAAGCUUGGUGCAGUGAAAUGAUUUCGUGUUCAUCUGGACAACCUAUAAAGCUUCAGAUCUAUGUAUUUUUUUUUUCCUUAACAACAAAAUAAAAUGAUUAAAAACUUCAAAAAAAAACUAGGGCUUUCAUGACUAUUCUGAACCUCUUUCUAUAGAGAACCUGGCCAUUUCCUAGCACAUUCCGACAUCAGCAGAAACAUCUGACUGGUUGGGUUCCUUAAAUCAGAUGGCAAUGAAAUGAGGGGAAAGGGUGGGGAAAAAACCAACGUGGCAUUCUUACUAAAAAGCACAGUGUUGCCAACAUGCAUUUCUUAAAUAUAUAAAGGGAAGACUGAAGGGAUUGAGGAACAUCACGAGAACCAACCAUCUUAUGGCAAGGCAACUCUCUUCCAGCUAACAACUUUGGAUACAUUUUGGUACAUUUCCCUCCCUUAAAGUGGAGAAAGAAAAUAUCGUUCUUUGAUCCCUCUUCUGCCGUUUACCCACAACUUUACACAUAAAUGGUCUUGAAACUCCUAGUUUAUUCCGCCUUGAUGUUUGCCUUAUUAAUGCACAAAUGAUUUGUACUGUCUAAACUAUACAGCGUAUACUUUGUAUGUACUGUGUAUUCAACUGUCUUUCCAUCCUUCACCGAGACAUUGGUAAUUUAAAAGAUCAAGUAAUUGGUGUUGCUGACUCCGUUCAAUGUCCAAUGUAAUUCCUGGGAGUCUGAAAGUGUUGUGCAAAGAUGCAUUCUUAAACAUCUGUACAAGUUCUGCUAGUCAACCUCUCAAGUACAUUAAAAGCCAGAUUUACUGCAUAAAAAAAUAAUCAGAGAAUGCACAGUCAAGCCAUUUUAAAUAUAUAUAUUUCUGUAGGUCCUGGCACCGGUAAAGGUAUUGGUAUUCCAACAGCCAGAUAAUUUUUCUAAAAAAAAAAAUGUAUCUUGCAAUGCAGUCGAGGUGGACACCAUUUUUUUUUUGGUACUGAUCUCAGAAGUAUGCUAGACACAAAAGUGAGUAAGUACUACAAUGAGAAAGUUGUGUUAUUCACUGACCAUCGCCAGCAAGAAGUUACUAAAACAGAUAGAGUGCAACGUUUGCCACUACAUACUAUGUCCUAAUAUUGGCAUUGCGGUUUGGGAGGGGGGUAAAAGAUUUUAAAAAGCCCUAUGUAGUUGAUGGCAGGCAUAUUUGGCUGUUACUCUUUUGUAACUUGUCCAUUUGUAAAUUCUUUUACUGUUUAUACAUACUUUUCAGACUGCCUUUCUUUUUGUAAUUGAUGGAAGGUUUAUAAUAUGAAUGAUCAAAGCUUUUUCCCCAUUGUGUCUUCAAAGAAAUAUAAUGUAAAUUCCUGUAAAUAAUCUAGUGUGCUAGAUUUAUGAAAUUAAAAGAAAAAUACUGGCCUAAAUUUGUGGUAAAGUAUUGUGUGGGCGUGUGCAUGUGUACAGUUGUUCAUGUGUAAAAUAUUUUAUAUAAAUAAAUUGAUAUUUUGUA